AUAGCAGACUGUUCUACCUGUCAGUGUGAAGGAAGACCUGCAGCCAUGAGCCACGCAGUUGAGCAGCUGUUGAUCAUCUACGAGUGUGAGGCAGAGCAAUGGGCCACAUAUCUGCGUUCCCUCUUCACGGGUUCCCUCUUAGAGACUUCCAUCUGCUGCUACGACAUCGCCACGGUGUCCAGCCGGCAGAACGACUUCCUCCUGCUGGCCCGGUACUCCUGCAAGCUCCUCAUCCUCUCAAAGGGCAUGUUGGAGGGGCUGUGUCCGAAGCGGCGUUUCUUCCUGGCCCGUGUAUUGUGCCCUGCGGCUGCUGUGGUGGUGCUGCUGUGUGGGGUGGAGAGCCUGACCCCCCUGCUGGAGCUGGUGCCUCUGAACGGAGACGAGUGCCUGCAGGUCUCCAGUGAACAAGAUGCUCAUGAGUACCUGUCCGCUGUCACUGAUAUUGUGAAAAAGGUAGGGCAAUGGCUCUCUGCAUAUGUCAAACCCCUGCAUCGUAAGCUAUCAGAGGGAAAGGGGGAACAGAAGCAGUCUGCUGCAGCCUGCAGUGUCAGGUCCAUCGCCGUUGUUCCCCCCAAAGUUCCCUGUGGGAGCUCCAUCGAAGUGUUCAUUCUUUUGAAAAAUGAGUCGGUUGGCAGCAACGCUGAGGUUGAGUUCACCGCUGACAAUCAGAGGCUGAGAGUGAAGCCUGUCUGCUGGAAUGAACGGAUCCUCUGUGUCAAUGCACCAGAUUUUCCAGCAGGAAAUGUGGGAGUUACAGUGUAUAGCAAUGGGGUGCUACUGAGUAAGGCACAGCUGCAGUACUACAGCAACAUGGAGGAAAUAACCUGCCUUCUGGCGAGGGCAGCAGACCCCGUAGAUUUCAUGUGUCAGGCUCUUCAGCAGUCAUCUGUGCAGAAGCUGGACCAGAAGUUAACCUCCAUGUUGUUAAAGCACAUGCCCACUGGAGGAUUUCAGGGACUGCAGUGUGAAAACACACCCCAGAGAGAGCUCCACCAUUCAGAUGUUCCAUCACUCCUCCACUUUGCCGCCCAGUAUGGAUUCAGGAGCGUCUCCAGCGUGCUCCUGCAGUGUCCCGGUGCUGACCGAGCGCUGCACGCUGCCAACCGCCAUGGACACACUCCCACUGAGAUAGCCAAGAGACACGGCCAUACCCAGCUUCAUGUCCUUUUGAGGGAACGACUGAAUAUGUUCAGCUCAGGCAAGGACAAUGGGGAUGCUAGUGUGUACGAAAUGAUGUGCGCUGCAGGGAUUCCUUCCGCCAAACACGCAGAGCCACCAGCAGAGGAUGAAGAGGGGGAGGAGGAAGAUAUUUACCAACCACUGGAGGUGGAGGAUGAAUAUGACUCCAUCCUGAACUCAACAAAAGCUGUGGUUAUUGCCAAUCGCCCACCAGCACCCACACCUCGGCCUGAGGGCAUCCAGGUGAAGGAGGACGGAACUCCUUACAUCACAAAAGUGUUCCAGAAGAAGAAGACGCCACAGGGAGAAACUGAUUUGUACUCACUUCCCACUAAACAAGCACGUGGGCGAGAGGACAGCAUCUCUUCCACCUAUGAUACGUUUGUGCCACAGCAGAUGAGCGGUCUGCAGACUCUCAUCGAGCUGCAGCAGAGUGUGAAGGCAGGGGCACUCACUGUGGACGCAGCUCUGGAGCGCUUCAGCGACUGGCAGCGGGUUCAGAAGGACGGGGAUGCGGUGCAGCAGGAGAAGUUGAGUCAGCUGAGAGCCAGUAUCGUCAGCAGCAGAGGGACUGAUGACAGUGUCUACGAUAAAAUCAACAUUGUUCAUCACAUGCCAAGUGUUACGGGCAGUGAAAGUCGAAGAGGAAGCCAAGAAGUGAAGUCUGAUGUUUACAGCAAGCCACUUAAAGGACAGCAUUCAAGUUUCUUUUCGAAAGCUGACAAACGAUGAAGGCUCCACCACUCCAGAAACACUCCAUUCUUCCACCAAAUUGAAUUGAAUUGAAUACAAAGUUUCUCAUUUUGAUUGUAUAAUAAUAAUAAUGAUAAUAAUAAUAAUAAUAAUAAUAAUAAUAAU